AUGGAUCACCAGACACUUAUCCAAUUCCCUGAAUCAUAUCCCUCAGAACCACUGGUCUCAGCCAGAAUCAGCUUCAUUGACUUUGAUGCUUCUCACAACCCACGAGUCAAGUCCCUUGUUGAAGCUGUCCUUCCAAUUCAGGCCGUCCUGAACCUUCACUCGUCUGGCGGCGGUGGUCGUCACAACGCUGGCAUCUCCUGGCUCCUAUGCCCACCAUGGAGAUACAGACUUCCAGUGUGGCUCAUUUACCACCAAAGGCAAGAAUCUGCCUUCUUCAGCGCCUUAGACAUUGAAAAGCCCACACACUGCCGCGUCAAAACGUACGCCUCAACCGUGACAAAGAACGGCUUCAAGUUCCACAUCGAGACCUGGGAUAGUUCCAAGGUCUUAGAAUGUGGAGCUUCCUGGGUUUCUGGUCCAGCCAAUAAGUCAGGUAUCACUAUUGGGACAUUUGGUGAAGAUGAAAACUUGUCUCUUACUGCCAGACUCAACAAGACCGGUGCAGUCGACUUUAAGCCGAGUUUUACUGAGUCUCCGAGAAUCUUCUUGGCGUUGGAUAUGUUAAAUAUUGACAGGGGCGGAAAUACGUGUGUUCGCAUCUCUAAUAGUCAUGUCAUGGGAACACAGAUGGAGUGGCGCAUUGACACUUGGGUAAGUAUGUCUUUGAAGGAAGCCGGUGCGAGUUUUAUUGCUAUUGGUAUUUAA